AUGUUUUGGAUCAAGGGUCUUGCACCAAAGGUGGAUCCUGAGGAAAUGAAAUGGAAGAUAUGUGAGGACAUGAUCUCCUCAAUAGGGAACUUUCUUAUCUACGAGGCCCUGCUGCAAGUCACUCCAUUUAUCUUAAAGAAAUUUGAUAGCAUAUGA